GGCGCCACUAGUUGUACAAAUCAACAUUUGAUUGCAUAGCCUGAGUAAAACCUCUUCUAAUUGGUCCACAGGGGCCAUGUUUGCAUUCCCAGCUGUCUUGAUGCGGUGUCGCUAACCGGUUAGCUGCCUCUUAGCUACAACACCGUCUUCUCCCGGUGUUAAAACUAACGAAAAGAUCCACCACGGCGUGAACGGUGCGUGGUUUGUAGGUCGUUAUGCCGGUUCAUUCCCGGGAGAAGAAAGAAAAUAACCACGAAGAAAUGGAGGUGGAUUUUCCGGAGCAAGAGGCUAGCAGCACGGACGAGGAGGACACGGUUAGCACGUCCGUGUCUGAAGAUGGAGACAGCUCUGAGAUGGAUGAUGAAGACUGUGAGAGGAGGAGGAUGGAGUGCCUGGAUGAGAUGACUACUCUGGAGAAACAGUUCACAGAUUUGAAGGAACAGUUGUAUAAGGAACGUCUGAGCCAGGUAGACAUCAAACUGCAGGAGGUGAUGGCUGGAUGUGCCCAGGAAUACCUGGAACCUUUGGCCAACCUGCAGGAGAACAUGCAGAUCAGAACCAAAGUGGCAGGCGUCUACAAGGAGCUGUGCUUGGAGUCGGUGAAGAACAAGUACGACUGUGAGAUCCAGGCAGCCUGCCAGCACUGGGAGAGUGAAAAGCUGCUUCUCUUUGACACCGUGCAAAGUGAGCUGGAGGAGAAGAUAAGACGACUGGAGGAAGACCGACACAGUAUUGACAUCACCUCAGAGUUGUGGAAUGAUGGAUUGCAUUCCAGGAAAAAUAAGAAGAAAGACCCGUUCUGUCCCAUUAAGAAGAAGAAGCCAGUUGUUGUUUCUGGGCCUUAUAUUGUUUAUAUGCUGCAAGAUCUGGAUAUUCUUGAAGACUGGACUGCAAUACGGAAGGCGAUGGCGUCUCUUGGACCACCCAGGGUGAAAGUUGAUGCUUCAUCAGCCAAAACAGACCGACACCACCACGUGGCACGCUCUGAAGACGGUCGACUUUUCUAUGACAACCAGUGGUACUGCAGGGGACAGACCAUCUGUAUCAAUAGGAAAGAUGAGUUCCCCGCAAGCGCCGUCAUCACCACCAUCAACAACGAUGAAGUGUGGUUCAAACGACUGGACGGCACCAAGUCCAAGCUGUACAUAUCCCAGCUGCAGAAAGGCAAAUACACCAUCAAACACUCAUGAAACAACAACCACAGUAAACCGUCCUGAGACUUUCAUGCGAAACCUUUUAAGUGCUCGAUCUCACACACACACAGUACAUCCUUAAAAUACACCUCACCUUUAUUUGUCUGCAAUGGGACAACCAUCAAAGGGUCUUCUCCUCUGUAAAUAUGUACUUAUGUUGAUAUUAAGGACAAAGUCACAAAGUGUCAUUUCUCCAUAAAAGGAGAUCAGUGCAAAGCGCUGCUAAGAACAAAGGCGGGUAAAGCGGAGCAGUGAUCCCUGGAGCUCAGUCGUGUGCCUUUCUGAGACAAGACCUUGGCUGAAUUAAAAAAACAAAAAAAAAAACAUCCACGUGUGCAGAAGGCCUUACUGUGUAGUGUGGCAGCAAUCAAAAGACUGGAAGUGGGUUAAAACGGGUCAGUUAGUGGUUCUGCUGCUAGCAUUGUUUGAUAGUCACCACAGUCCUGUCCAAUAUGUAUGGAGAUGCAUGGUUUGAGUGUGUGUGUGUGGUCAUAUAUUGCACAAGGUGACGAGGGAAGCGACUGGAGAUGAAUUCAGAAUGAUGACCCUGAGCGUCAUGCAAUGGAUACUUUGAUUUGGGGAUCCUCUAGAAGUCUUGACCAUAUUUUUGCAGCACUGAAAUCAAAGUUGAAAUCAAGCACUGGGCAGAGCAAGUGGGGAAAGACAAGUUUCAGGAGGUUCCCUGUACAUAGAAGACGUAACAUUGUCUGUAUGUGUGAUACUCUCUUCAUGUGCCUGAUGGUGUGGCGGCAUCCAGGCGGCUGCAUUAAAUGAAUUGUGCCAUUUAUUUCUCCUUUUGUCUCUGUAUGUACUGUAUCUGUAUCUGUAUGUUGUACUUUCUCUCCUUUCUGUCAGUAGAAGCAGACUUGACCUGCAAAAGCAAGUAAUGAAGUGUCAUCUCCCUGCAAUCCAUCAUGGUGUUUUGUAAAAGCAUAUUUACAUUGUUUUUGUUGUAAAAAAGCAACAAUGUCAGUAUUUUUGAAUUUGUACUUUCACAUCUUUAUGCUUUGUGAGUUUUUUUUUUUUUUUUUUUACGUCACAGGUCGACAGAAACAUGUGACAUACGGUGCCAAUGCAUGUGCAGCUAAUCAAACAUUUUGUUGCUACCAUCUGAAGAGAGUUGACACUGUCGUGGCUGCAAUGCAAGCCCAGUGUUUCUCAUACAAGGCCCGCCACAAAUAAAUUUGCCCUCGCUCAUAAACGCAUUAUAAUGGGACGGUCUGUGAAUGCAGCUUGUCGUUCCAAGUCUGUACAGUAGAUGGCAUUGUAACACAUACAGGUACAUUAAGCAGCUUAAGUGGAAUGGUUCCUUUGAGUUAACGUGAUAAAACAGGUGUGAGAUUGAUCACAACUUAUUUUUAACUUAUUUUUUUGAAGUAGAUUUGUACAAUAUAUGAUGCAGUACUGCUGUAGUUAUGAGGACAUUGGUGUGUAUGAUUGAGUCUCAGCUUUUUAAUUUGUUAACCACAGAGCUUGUGUUUUAGUAAUAAUGCAGUUCAUUUAUAACAAGCUUUACAUCACAAACACGUCUCAAAGUCCUUAAACAAAAACAGAAAUAUGAAGCCUAACUUAACCCUAAAACAUCUUUAUGCUUGGCGUGAGCUCAUUCAGUCGGUUAAGUGAGGGACUGUUCGUGAUGUGCGGAUCGAUACUGAAAUAUCGAUGCUUACGAUCCUAGCUCUUUGUGCUCUGAAACCGACUGUCAAAUUAAAAUAUUGAUGCUUUUGAUACUUCAGUCAUUUGAGGUAAUGUUUGCCUGAAAUGUUUGUCCGAUUGUAAACAGCCAUGUAUGAAAUUGUGAAUAAAGUUUUCAUUCUUAUAGUAGUUC